CUGACAAGGUCCCGGAUUUUAUUUACAUACAGUUGACAAACAAUUAAUUCCCUUCCUUCGGGGAAACUUAACCUUGGUUUCGAAGUAUUAAACAACUCGAUAACACAUUCUGAAGGCUUCGUGGGUCUAGCUCAUACACAGUUUGACUGGAAACCGCAGCCUGUUUUAGAGGUAACUAAGUUGACGUCUUACAAUAGAUGACGUGAAUUUAGCGCUUUGACUCGUUGAUUCCAUGGUCGAAAGGUAGCUGUCGCAUUGUCAUCAUUUCACGGCUCGGUGUACGUGUUCAGCUGUUCAGCUAGCUUUAUCGUGGUAAGACAAAUCAGACGGAUCACAAGUUCUCGCAUAAUAAAAACCUCCAAGAUUCUCAGAACGACCAAAUAAGAAGAAAUGAGAUGGAUGAAUCUCACUCCCUGAGACGUCUCCAGACGGAAGACGAAGAAGAAGCUUUAGCCAAAGCACUAAAGAAUUCUCGAGAGGAUGAUCCUGCGAGUGCAGUCUGUCACUACAGUCAAGACGAGCAUUACAUCUCAAGGCAACCAUCCCAAAGGAAUUUGGAAUUUCAUGAAGACGAAGAAUUAGCAAGAGCGAUUGCACUGUCUUUGGAAAUGUUCAACAGACCAAAAAGUGCAGGUAUCCGUGCUCCUGAAAAAGGAGCAUGCGCAAUACCACUUUGUUUACCUAACAACUAUGUAUGGAACCCACGGACGGGAAAGUGUAUUAAGACAGGGGCCGAGCGCUCUUCGCUAGAAGUGGUCGAUGAAGCACUUGAGAAACUUAGGGAGGUGAAAGGUCCUGUGUGCGUGGUAUCUAUUGCUGGUCCGUACAGAAAGGGAAAGUCUUACAUAUUGAGCGAAACCUUUGACCAACCAGACGUUUUCCCAAUUGGACACGAAAUGGUGGCCGAGACCAUGGGAAUAUGGCUAUGGAUUGUACCUGAAAAAUAUAAGGAUUCCAAUGGACAGGAAUUCACAGUAGUGCUCCUGGACUCGGAGGGAAUCGACUCUACAACUAGUGAAAGUUUUGACGACCAUCAGAUUUUCACGUUAACCGUUCUGUUAGCUUCUGUGCUUAUCUACAAUUCCCAAGGUGUUCCGACAAGAAAUGAUGUAGAGAAACUGGACUUUAUAGUAAAACUCUCUAAAAGAAUCCACGUAAGAUCCACUGUCACUGGUGCGUCUCUGACUGAAGACAACGAAUUCUUUCACAAAACAUUUCCUCACUUUGUUUGGCUCUUGAGGGAUGUAACACAAGACGUUCCAAAAGACUGCAAAAACAUCAAGGAGUACUUCUUAAAAAAGGUUUUCAAAGAGCCCGAUUCAACAGCUGCAGGUCAUCUAGACAAGCAAGUAUCUGAAAGCAUUUUACGCUUCUUUCCUGGUUUUGAAGCGUUUUCUUUGGCUCCUCCCACAGAUGAUACUGAGACGAUGAAAAGUCUAAACCAGAAAAAAAGUCAGGUCAACCAGUUGUUUCUGGACGGUUUAGAGAAGUUCAAGAGCUUAAUGAGGCGUAUUCUAUCUCCUAAACAGAGCUUCAAUAAUGGAGAAUUCGUGACUGGAGAAGGUCUCGCUGCCUUAGUUCGGCUUUACGUUGAAGCGAUAAACACCCCUGAUGCUAUUCCCAAUGUGCAGAGGGCCUGGGACACAUUCGUUUUAGCGAAAUGUGUUGACGUGAAACAGGCUGCCUUGCAGACGUAUGAUGCACUCAUAACGUCACAGUUAUCCGGUGUGCUGCCUUGUAGCAACGCUGAGAUACGAAUAAGCCAUAACGCUGCCCUGGAAGCGUGUGAAGCUCAGUUGAUAAUGGAAUUAGCUGGAAUCUCUACAAACACAGUUGAAAUGGCUUCGAGAGAGCUAAAGGAAUCUGUGGAAAAGAAAUUAACCUCGUGGCUGACCGAAAAUGAAGUGAAAACCAGACAAUUUUGUAAACAUCUCCUUGACAAGCUUAAAAGACUUCACCUGGACCCUGUGUUUCAGCAACUCCAGGGAAGAGGUGCAGCUAACGUAUCUUUUGAUGACAUCAUUAAUGGAUAUCAGCGGAUUAAAGACGAGUACAACGAGUCUGCAAAAGGUGCCAAAGAUGUCAUUGCCAAAGUAUUUGUGGAGCUCCAUGCAGAACUUUUGAAGGAAAAAGAGCAAUACCUGGGGCACCUUCGACAGCUGAAAGACUUCGACGAGGAUCUGAGCCGAGAAUUGGUCGCCAAGGCCUACCAAGAGCAGGAGAGGAAAAGACUGGAGGAACAACAAUCACGCUUGCAGCAGGAAAAUCGCCAACGGAAAAAGGAGAUGGAAAUGUUAAUACAAAAUCUAGAGGAAGAAAGGAAACGAUUUAAGGAACAAAUGGAGAUUGAAAGGAACGCACAUCGAGAUCAAAUGGAAAACAUGAUGGCGGCGAGCAUGAAACACGCCCAAGAAGAACGAAGAGCAUUUGUCAGAGAAAAUCAAGCUUUACAAGACCGCUUUCUGGCAUUACAAGAUUGCAACGAAGAAAACAUGAAAAUGAUAAAGAAGCUGUCGGACGUGGCCGCCAAACAAAAGAGAGAAAAAGAGGAACUCCUUCAAAAGAUGAAGGAUCAAGCCGAUGUCGACCAGGAAACGUUGAUAAAGAAGAUCAAUGAUAAACACGAUGAGGAGAUGAAUGCACUCCGUGAUGACAUGAAUGCAAAGCUGGGUGAAGUGAUCAAACAUGCCCCACCAGAUGAAACAGUGAAAUGUGGAACGCCAGGAUUGAUAAAUAGACGAACCAAGGAAGCCGACUGUCUUCAGAGAAAGAUACAUGAGACUCAGAAGGAACAGCAAGCUGUAGAGAAACCAGGUUUUUGGAAAAAAGCGCUGAAAUUUGUAGGGAAAGUAGUUGUACCAGUUGUUGGCGCAGUUGUUUCUGUGGUUAUGCCUGCUGUUGCCCCCAUAGUUGCACCAGUUGCUGCUGUUGCUAGCAAAGUUGCUGAGUUUGUUUCAGACCAUAUCUGUUGUGUAAUGUAAGUUUAUAAACAGAUGAUGAGGAUGAAUGAGGUUUUUUUCUUGUGCUACAAAAAUAAUCGAUAUCAAGAGCGAUGUAAAGUAUUUUCAGCCGAACCCGAAGGCUGGAGAUCACAGAAACUCGUAUUAGAUGCAAAGAACUCAGACCAUAACUUACAUUAAGUUUUGAGGGAAAUCAAUUAAAUCUAAACACUUAAGGGAGCUUUAAUUUUUUGCGAGACUUUUGCCUUUUUCUCUAAGUUCUUAUCAUUUUUACGGUCAUUGUAUAUAUAAUAAUGACAUAAUUAUAAAUCUUUUUAGUGAUUAUUACAGAAUCACCAGAUUGUCAGAUCAGCUAUUAUUGGUUAGUAGAUUAGCAUAAUUAGUAUUAUAUUUUACACAGUCAUUAUUAGACGUUAAAUUUUUCAAACUGUUUCUUUCUCCUCUAUUUAUUUUCUGUCCCCAAAUUAGUAUGGGAUCUUCCCAGGCUACAGGGCAUUGACACUUAAAUAAAGUUCUAUCUAUCUUCAGAUAUCCUUUUAAUACUUCCUGGGUUACUUGCGUGGAUUUUUUCGAUUUUUUUUUGCGUUUACAUUAUCCACUUCAUUUCGUCAUCGAAAGUGCGAUCGCUCGAUAAAAUCUUUUUAGAUGUCCCACCGCACUCAACAGGUCACAGGAAUUAAUAUCCUUUAUUAUAUGGCAAGGUAGUCUUAAGGGAAAUCCAAGCGUUAUCAUUGGUUGUUUCUUAUUCGGGAUUUUGCCACACGGACCGUUUCCAUGGAAACGGUCACAAGUCGUGUAUUCAGUUUUUGUUUUGUGCCAUGUAAUAAAUUACUUACUAAACUACCUUACUCGAGCCUUACUGGGAAAUAUUGGCCCUCGGUCCUUUUUAGUACGGACCUCGCUGCGCAGGGUCCGAACUGCCAUCACGUUAGGCCAAUAUCCCCCAGCAAGGCCCUCGCGCUCGGUUAGGUAGAGGUUAGAAUCCUCAGGUUAGAGAGUAGAGAUAAAGACUUUUGCGAACUCACUAUAUAACAAUAGUAUGUUUAUGCAAUGUUUCAGUUUGUAAACUAGCUUCAUUAGUAUGACGUACACUGUCAAACACGACUAGACUAAUAUGUAUAUGUAUACUCAAUUAGCCAUUCCCCAUUGGGGCUUUUCAGGACCAACGAAAACAAACAGUGACAAAUAAAUAUUCAAAUAAACAUAACUAGGUUAA